GCAAGGUGGAUGUAAACAAAGAACAGCUGAGAGGGAGGCGGCGGCUGACUGGCUGACUGACUGACAGGCUGAGUGGCUGACUGGCUUUCCUUCAGCAUGUGGGUGAAGCCAGAGGAGGUGCUGGUGGCUGGUGGCUUCUGGGAUACAGAGGUUGCCAACACGUUCUUCCUCCUGCAGCAGCGAAAGGGGUCAGGCAGCGCUGCGUCCCGGGGCUUGGCGGGGCUCUUGGUGGGGACGCUGGAUUCAGUUUUUGACACCAAGCCACCUCCUUUCCGCAUUCUCCAUCGUACACCCUCCUCCGAGCUGUAUUAUUUAGUGGCAGUGUCUCUGAAGAAGGAUGAGAUAGAUGACAACUGGGUGUGGCUGGAGAGGAAUCUGAUGAGCAUCUUAGCCACAUUUGAUAAGGACGAGGAUGUGACAGAUUUCGUGAGGUGCAAGAUUGAGUCUCUGGUGGCCAACAACACUAUCGCUGACCCCCUCAGCACCCCUGAUCCAGAUUCGGAGACGUUCAAAGCUGUGUCCUUCAAAUUCCGCAAGCUGUUCAACAUGCCGGAGGGAGAGAAGCUUGUCAACUACUACUCCUGCAGUUACUGGCACAACCGCCUGCCAAGACAAGGGUGGCUGUAUCUCAGUGUGAAUUACCUCUGCUUCUACUCAUUCCUGCUGGGGAAGGAAACGCGAGUCAUUGUGCGCUGGAGGGAUGUCACACUGCUCGACUGCACCAAUGCUCUCAUCUUCCCUGACAGUAUCCGUGUAUCCACCAGGGACCAUGAGCACUAUUUCUCCAUGCUGCUGCGGAAGAAGGAGACAUAUGAACUGAUGGAGCAGCUGGCUAACAUGGCAAUGAAGCAGUUAAUUAAUGAUGAGGAGUUUUCGGAGGACAAGGAUCUCCUCAUGAAAGUCAGCAAGAAAGUUCCCAAAAAGCCUUCGUUUCUCAAGAGGGAUCUGGAUGCGAGGGCCCACUCUGACGCCUACCGCAGCAAAUUCAGGUUACCUCUGAGCGAGAAACUGGACGGCUCCACAUCUUGCUCCAUGUGGGCACCGUAUAAGAAGUCGUACAUCAACGGCACUCUCAACAUCUCACUCAACUACAUCUGCUUCGAGAGUAAGAUCGCCAAUUUAGUGAGCGUGGUGUGUCCGCUGCGAGAGGUACAGAGCGUGGAGAAAGUGGACAACAUCAAGGGGAACAGUGCAGUGAAGAACGCGGUGUUUGUAUGCACCAAUCAGAGCGCGGCGCCUUCCAACACCUUCCUCUUCAUUGAUGUGGGCGACCGCGACUUUGUCAUCAACAAGCUGUCCGAGAUGCUGGGCAAGAGUAUUCCCACCAAGAAUGUCCUCCCUGACGGAAUGCUGGUUGGCUCGGAUUGGUCUGUGAGUCGCUCAAAUUCCGUGUGUGAGGACAAGAGUGAAAACAUCAGCCUUAGUAGUCUUAGCAUCAGCAGCAUCUCAGAGAACAAUGGAUCACUGCCCACGGACCACUCUGACAUAGGCACCAGCUCCCUGCCACUAAGGGCCCUGUAUGAUGACCCUGGCGAGGACCUGGAGGAGGUGGACGGCACUCACCGCAGGGAGGCGCUGUGGGAGAGACACUGGCAGGAGUACGGGCGCGGUGUCACUCUCUACCGCACUGUGGAGACACUGCGGCUGGUUCUGGAGGGCCUGCCGGGUGCUGUGCGGAGGGAGGUGUGGAUGAUCUUCUCAGGUGCAAUUAAUGACCUGGCAACACACCCUGGCCAUUACGAGCAGGCAGUGGCGGCCGGGCUGAAGCGAGGCGGCCCUGCUAAUGAAGAGAUCGAGAGGGACCUUCACCGCUCCCUGCCUGAACACCCUGCCUUCCAGAGUGACACGGGAAUCUCGCUACGCAGGGUUCUUUGUGCCUAUGCCUGGAGGAACCCUGCUAUUGGAUACUGCCAAGCUAUGAACAUCGUGGCGUCCGUGUUACUUGUGUACUGCAAUGAGGAGGAGGCGUUCUGGCUGUUGGCUGCCCUUAGUGAGCGUCUCCUGCCUGACUACUACAACACAAGGGUCAUUGGGGCUCUGGUGGACCAAGGCGUGCUAGAGGACCUCAUUCUGGACCACAUGCCGGGCCUCCACACACGUCUUUCGGAACUUGGCGUCAUCUCCCUUGUGUCUCUGUCCUGGUUCCUCACUCUGUUCCUCAGCGUGAUGCCCUUUGAAGCAGCCGUGCAUGUGGUGGAUUGUUUCUUCUACGACGGAGCGCGGGUCGUCUUCAUGGUGGCCCUUGCAAUACUGGCAGCCAAUCAGGAGAAGCUUGAGCAGUGUAACGACGAAGGGGAGGCGAUGAUGGUGCUGUCGGAGUAUCUAGGAGCAGUCACCACACCAGAGAGCCGUUACGGGAGGCGCAAGAGUAGUGUGGUGGUGGACGAGGGGCAGGAGGAGGAGGUGAAUGUCAUAGGCCUCCUGGAAACGGCUUACAGAGAUUUUGGUUUCAUUACGAACUUGGCAGUGGAGAGGCUGAGAGUGAAGCACAGGCUGAGGGUGGUGCAGACACUAGAGGAUACCAUGAUGAGGAACACACUAAGGACUGUUGGGCCGGACUGCUUACUGGGACAGGCUGACUUAAAGGAGCUAGUGAUAUAUGUGCGAGGGGAGCAGAUUCUGGGCGGCGAGGACAAGGAGAUGCGUCAGAGGAGCAGUUCUGGCGGGCCCCUCACUCACGAAGGCUAUGUGGUGGGCUACGACACCUUCAGGCAGCUCUUCUUGGCUGUGGCUCCCUGGGGACAAGGCGACCGUGCUGAGGCUCUGGCAACGAGUACCUUUAAUAUGCUAGACGUGGCAGGAACUCAUUUGGUGGCAUUCCGAGCUGUGGCGUGGCUGUUUGGCGUCCUGUGCUGUGGCGACCUGGCUCGGAAGUUGCGACUCUUCUACUACCUCCACCUGGCCUUCCCCCCCAGGCUGGAUGAGGUGGACCGGCCCCUUGGGAACUCCUCUGCUGCAGAGGUGGAGGAGGAGACAGCAGUGGAAGCGGAGGAGUACUUUGACUGCAUGGAGGAGGACUCGGGAAAAGGUCAGGUGGAUCUUGAUCUUUCCGACGACUCCCCCACGUCCCCCUCGGUCGCCUCCUCCCCCAAGCCAGAGUAUUGCGACAGUCUGACCGGCCUGGCCACGAUACACAACCGAGAUUACCGCGUCUAUGAACAGCGCUUCCUGCCCACCAUGAGCCAGGAACAAUUCAUCAACAUGUGGCGAACAGUGUACAGUUUCUUUGCCUUUGAGACCAACCAGGAUAUCUUCACCUCCUUGUCUAGAGUGGGUACACUACUGCUGCAGAUUGGAGAGGUGGGGCGGAAAGUGAAGGCGUCGCGGGGUUCUCCCAGCGAGGGAGCCAGCCACUCGGCAAACAGCAGCAGCAGCGACGGCAACAGCCACAACGACAAUCUGGGAAGUGAGAGCCAGGCAGCGGCAUUAGUACCUGACCAAGACGUCCCUUUGGCAACAGAUGCAUCCUUGACCACCAAACCAGAGAGGACUAGCAACCUGAAGAACCCCAGUAACACCAGCAACACCAGCUCAAAUUUCACCAGUAAACCACAGGACAUACUAGAUAAGGAACCUGACAGACACACACCCCUUCACUCACCAUCCCAGGACCCACACCAGUGCCAGGAAGGGGGCUGUGAGAAGUGCCGGCCCCCAACACAGCCCUACCCAAGCCAGGAGUGGUGCAUAUCCUUCGAGCAGUUCCUGGCUAACGUGGCGAAUGAGGAGAACCUUGUGCAUUUCUUUGAGCAGCAGGUGAAGGUGGCAGAGGAGGUGCAGAAGUUGAGGACUCGUAACACCAUCAGUCAGAGUGCAAGUGGUUCGUCUGCCUCCUCUCCCUCUUAGUAGAUCCCCCAUAGCCUCCUGGUUCAUACUUUCCUGUGGUAUUGUAACAAGCUCACGUCCAUGUUAGGUUAGAUUAUGGUUGUGUAUGGUUAGCCUCCCUGAUCCUUUCUCUCUUAGGAUUGAAGAUGAUGGGAAGGGAAUUUGAUCAUCUAAAUUUUGUGAUGAUUUAGAGCUGGUGUGAUGGUGAAGUAUCCCAAAUGUGAUGGUCUUUUGAUAGGUUUGGAUGUGUAGCCUCCCUGAUCCUUUCUCUCUUAGGAUUGAAGGCAAUGGGAAGGGAAUUUAAUCAUCUAAAUCUUGUGAUGACUUAGAGCUGGUGUGAUUGUAAGGUAUCUAAAAUGUGAUGUUUUUUUUAUAGGUUUGGCUGGAUGUGUAGCUUCCCUGAUCCUUUCUCUCUUGGGAUUGAAAAUGGGAAGGGAAUUUGAUCAUCUAAAUCUUGUUAUGACUUACAGCUGAUGUGAUGCUAGGUGAGGUAUCCAAAAUGCGGUUUUUAGAGAUUACUUAGUGUAUUAAAUCCAGUAUGUGCUGAAACUUGAAACUAGAAGAGGCUCUGAAAUUAUAGGUUUCCAAAGUGUGCUGAAACCUUAGAGAAAACAAAAAGUUGGUAAUGCUUUAAGUUGUAACAAAUGUGAUGAAGUUUGAAGGAGGAAAAAAACUGGAGGUAGUCGGAAGUAACUCAUCCAUCUGAAACUUCCUGAUUUGUAAAGAAACUAAGAAAAUUAAGCCAAAAUAUAUGAAACUAGAGUAAUUGAUGUGAAGUUAGGAAGUUUAGCUGAAAUAUAAGAAGUGUGAGAGUUAGUAGAGAUGAAAAGAAGUUAGAGAUAUUGAACCAAAUUAUUGUAUCAUAAAGCUAGAGGGAAACUGAAGGUGAUGCAGAGUUUGUGAAGUUAUGUGAAGUUGCCAAAACUAGAGAGACUUGAGUGUUGGGAAAUGAAAACUGAUUCAUUCUAAAACUGAAUGAAACUUUUAUAGACCUGAAAAAAAAAAAAAAGAGAAACCAAAAUUUUAUUAUGCUAAUUUUAGGUACAUUUUCAGUACCUUGAUCUUGAAAACACACACACACACACACACACACACACACACACACACACACACACACACACACACACAGACCAAUUAUUUGUCUAUGAGUUUUGAAAUAUGAACAAAAAAAUACUUAAAAGAAAAAGAAAAAGGAAAUUCUUGGUGAUAAUUGAGGUUAAGUUUGAUUAGAAAGCUUGAUUGUAAAACUUGAUUAGAGAAGACUGAUUUGAAAAUGUGAAUGGAAAGGUUAGGUAAGAGAAAAGCUUGAAUAGAAAGAUGGACAUUAAGGCUUGGGUAGAAAGCUUGAAUUCAAGGCUUGAAAAGAAAGAUGGAAAGAAAAGCUUGAAAUAGAAAGGUUAAUGAAAAAAGCUUGAGUAAGGAGAUCAGUUAACAAAAAAGCUUUGAUUGAAGGCUGGAAUAGGAAGAUUAAUAAGACUGAUGGGAAAGCUUAAAUUGAAGGCUUGAAAAAGAAAGAUGGAAGUAAAAGCUUGAAAUUGAAAGAUUGGUGGAAAAAGCCUGAAUAAGAUUAGUUAAAAAGCUUGAAUAUGAAUAUCAGUAAAAAAAAAUUGAAAUUAAAGGCUGUAAUAGGAAGCUUAAUAAGAAAGAUAAAUAGAAAAGGUUAAAUGAGAUCAGUUAACAAAAAGCUUGAAUUAAAGGCUGGAAUAGGAAGCUUAAUAAGAAAGUUUGAUGGAAGAGCUUGAAUUAGGAGAUUAGUUAAAAAAGCUUGAAUUGAAGGCUGGAAUGGGAAGCUUAAUAAGAAAGAUUGAUGAAAAAGCUUGAAUAAGAUCAACCAAAAAAAGCUUGAAAUUGAAGGCUGGAAUAGGAAGCUUAAGAAAGAAUGAUGGAAAAAGAUGAAAUAAGAUGAUCAAUUAAUAAAAAAAGCUUGAAUUUAAGGACUGAUGGAGGAGCUUGAAUAGAAAGAUUAACAAGCAGAACCAAUGAAGAAAGCUUGAAACUGAAGGCUUGAAAUAGAAGAGUCCGUUGUUUCAAGCUGCAUUUAUUUAGCGUGUGUGUGUUGCUAAGAUUAAUAACUUCCACUGUCUCUAUAUUUUUGUUACUUCUUGUACUCUAGUAAGAAUAAGCUGUGUUAUUGUAAGACAUGACAAUUAUCUAAGAAUCUAGUUUGUAAGUCCUCACGGGAUAUUUUUUUGAUAUAUUACUACUAUUACUGUUACUACCACUACUAAUACUACUACUAUUAUUAUACUCUGGCGGGUAGAGGCUGGGUGUGAUCGAUUAAAAGGAGGGAUGGUAUACAGAUUAGUGUAGCUCUGUAUACUGCACUGAAGUUAAUACACACACACACACACACACAAAACUGAAUUAGAUACUAGAGAAAGAUACACAAACAGGACCAGAUAUGUUUAGUUCUUUCGUUCACACACACACACACACACACACACACACACACACACACACACACACACACACACACACUUAGUAAAUAGAACAUAAAUUAAUUUAGAUCUUAUGAAAAAAACUAUUAAAGCAAGAUUGCAAAGAGAUGCCAAAGACUAUUAAGUGAAUAUAUAUAUACAUACCAUAUAUAUUUAGAGACAAUGUAAUGUAACUUUGCAUAUAUCUAUUGUUGUUAUUUUUUUACUAUCAAUUUAUUUUCCUGAUGGUUGUCUUGAAAUGGUGCACGGGGAAGGUGUGGAAGUUACAGAGCAUUUUGUAGUUUUCAAGGGAACAGAGAAAAAGAGGAAGAGAAGAGAAGGCAGAGACAAUCAUGUGCUGUAAUUUGUAGAGUAUCAAAAAAAAAGGGAGAAAGAGAAAAAAGAAAGAAGGCAGAGAAAAUCAUGAGCUGUAAUUUGUAGAGAUUUCAAGGAGGUAGAGAAAAAAAAAAAAGAGAAGAGAAGGCAGAGACAGUCAUGUGCUGUAAUUUAUAGAGAUUUCAAGGAGGUAGAGAAAGAGAGGAGGAGAAAAUAGGGCAAGGAAAGUUAUGUGCUGCAAUUUAUAGAGUUUUCAAGAGGGCAGAAAGAGAGGAGGAGAAAAUAGGGCAAGGAAAAUCAUGUGCUGUAUUUUGUAGAGAUUUCAGUGAGGCAGAAAAAAAGGAAGAGAAAAGAAGGAAAGGAAAGUCAUGUGCUCUAAUUUGUAGUUUUCAAGAGGGCAGAAAGAGAAAAGAAAUUAAUGAAAGCUAUGGCAUAUCUUGUAAAAAUUUUGAAGACAGGAGGAAGAAGAGGAAGACGAGAACCAAGAAAAGAAGAAAUGGUGCGUUUAUCAAGAUUUUUCAAGACAGGAGGAGGAAGACAAGAGAAGAAAAGAAACAU